AUGUACGCCGCUCAGAAUAUAACGCCAACAGUUUUGGAUGCCAUGAAUGGAAAUGUUUCCGAAUGGUAUAACGAAUGCGACAAUGCCAUUAGAAGGUCAGAAAUAGUUCCUGGAACUUACGAAUAUACAACUGCUGUUUCUUAUGGAAACGUAGGUGAGUUUGGAGAAGGUUCUUCAACAACAGUAGAUAUUGCUUGCGACAGGUUUCAUAUAAUUUCUAUUGACAACUCUUUCUUAUACGUGGAACAAGACAUUGAAAUAAAACCUUCUGCCAAGUUGUCUGACAAGAAAGGUUGCAAUGGAAUUUUCUAUGUCGGAUACCAAUAUGCUCCAGAAGUUUUCAUGGGAUAUAAGAUAUAUUCUAACUCUGACUUAGUUCAAACAGUAACAUGGGCAAACUAUGAAUGGUUCGCUUUGAGAAACUCAGUACAACCACAAGCUAGAGAACAAACAGACCAGUAUGCAACUAUUGAGAAAAUAAGAAGACUUGACCCUAACGUUCCAGGAGUUUAUGUUGACCUUUCUGGACAAACUGCAGCAGCAGUAACCAAAGUAAAACUGAAACUUAGAGUUCCUUUGUCAUCUUUCCUCAUCUUCAGGUUUUUAAGAUACUUGCCAAACUGGGCAGGAAAAAUUUCUAUCGAACUUACUCCAAGCAAAAAUAACUUAGUCAUUGCACCAACACAAGACCCAUUCACUCUUAUUGUAGCUGGAACUGGUGGAGCCAAGUUCUGUGACUUUUGCAAAGACAAGGUUGACUUAGACUUUGGUUUCUCAAACCUCAACACUGAA